ACGUCAACACCACGCUCGAGUGUUGCAAAGGGACAAUAUCGACACGCAUCUCCUUUCGACCAUGGCUACCAUUGCGGUCGCCGGAGGCACUGGAAGUGUCGGAAAGACCAUCGUUCGACAGCUCCUCGCCGACGGGACUCAUCAGGUCAUCGUACUUGGAAGGAAACCUCCUGUUGUCCCGCUUCUUCCUGGUGCAGAGUUCUUGGUCGUUGGUUAUUCCGAUGUCCAAGGGCUCGUCAAUAUCCUCGAGGGACGCAACGUCGAGACCGUAAUCUCCGCGCUCGAUGUCUUCGCUCCGGAAGGCAGCCAGGCCCAGCUCAACCUCAUCGCCGCCAGCGAUCAGUCGACGAAGACACGGAGGUUCAUCCCGAGCGAGUAUGCUGCUGCUCCGGACGACGGCACAAACGAGUGGGAUGUCUCGGCUUUCGCAAGACCCGCCGCCGCCGCCCUCAAGAAAACUGGUCUCCAGUAUACUCGCGUCGUAGUCGGGUUCCUCAUGGAUUACUGGGGCAUGCCGCAUAUUCCCUCCGACAUGGCCCCCGGCGUCUGGGCCGUCGACGUAGCCAACAAGCGAGCCGCGAUGCCGGGGACCGGAAACGAGCCCCUGACUCUGACGUACUCGGUCGACAUGGCCGGGUUUAUUGCCCGGCUUCUCGAGGUAGAUGAGUGGCCCGAACUCAGCAUCAUCAGCGGCUCGGAUACAACUCUCAAUGAGCUCAUUGCCAUUGCUGAGAAAGUACGAGGCACCAAGUUUGAUGUGGUCUAUGAUAGUCAAGAGAAGCUAGAGAGGAACGAGCCCACAAUGCUGGUUCACGAAGCCCACGGAGGAAUUUCGGUUGAACAGAUGAGGCAGAUGAAUGUUCUCUUUGGUCUAGCAACCAUCUCAGGGCGUAUGAUCGUGCCGAAGGAGAACCGUCUCAACGAGAGGCUCCCCGAUAUCCGCCCCAUGACUAUCGAGGAGCUGAUCACAAAGGCUUGGGCUGGCAAGUAGACUACGAGUCGGCAGUGAACCUCGGGGAACAUGAUCUGAGUUAGAGACUCUAACGGGACAGGAGCUGUUUCACAAAAUAUUGAGACUUUUGUUCCGAGGCCGCGGCGC